AUGGUCACAUGGGUGUGUGACAUCGCUAGUGUUAGCGCCGGGCGCUGGGGUAUGACGUCACCGCAGCGCGUCGCCUGCAGCACGUGUCUGCCAUGGAGUCUCUGGCUGAGCAGCUGCACCGGGUCCGGGCGGUGAAAUUCGGCCGUUUCCAGCUGAAGAGCGGCAUCACCUCCCCGGUGUACUUCGAUCUGAGGGUGAUCGUGUCCCACCCGGCGCUGCUCAACCAGGUCGCUGAGCUUCUGUACCGCACAGCCCAGGUUGCCGGGCUCCAGUACCAUUCAGUAUGUGGGGUCCCCUACACCGCUCUCCCCCUGGCCACCAUUGUCUGCUCUACCCACCUGCUGCCAAUGCUAAUCCGCAGGAAGGAGGCCAAAGACUACGGAACCAAACGUCUGGUUGAAGGAACAAUCACCCCUGGAGAGACCUGUCUGAUCAUUGAGGAUGUAGUGACGAGCGGGUCUAGUGUCCUGGAGACAGUAGAGGUGCUGCGGAGGGAGGGUCUCCAGGUGACCGAUGCCAUCGUCUUGGUGGAUCGAGAGCAGGGUGGCAGGGAGAGGCUGGCAGAGAAUGGCAUCAGGCUGCACUCCAUCUACACCCUGACACAGCUCCUCACCAUUCUGCACCAGCUGGGGAAGGUGGAUGUGGAGUUGGUGGAGGAUGUGAGACGCUUCAUCUUAGAGAAUCAGGUCAUCCACCCAGCAGCACUCGCAGUCCGGAAACCCGGCGCAGCCAUGAGCUACUCCUCCCGCGCUGCCCUCCCGGACACGCACCCGCUGGCAAAGCGACUCCUGGCCAUUAUGGAGAAGAAGGAGAGUAAUCUCUGCGUAUCAGCAGAUGUCACAGACUCUGCAGGUCUCCUCCAGCUGGCGGCAGAGCUGGGACCUUCUAUAUGUAUGCUAAAGACUCACGUGGACAUUUUAUCAGACUUCACCCCUGAGGUCGCCUCCAGGCUCCGAGCCCUCGCAGAUCAACACGACUUCCUCUUAUUUGAGGAUCGGAAGUUUGCCGACAUUGGGAACACUGUGAAAUCCCAGUACACGGGUGGUAUCUACAGAAUCUCGUCUUGGGCUGACGUGGUGAAUGCCCACGCGGUGCCCGGCCCUGGAGUGGUACAAGGGCUGCAAGAGGUUGGCGAUGCUUUGGGUAGAGGCUGCCUGGUGAUCGCAGAGAUGAGUUCUCAGGGGUCGCUGGCGACUGGAGAGUACACGAAGGCGGCGGUGGCGCUGGCGGAGGGUCACCCGGCCUUUGUGUUUGGCUUUAUUUCUGGUGGAAAAGUGAGUGAGAGACCGGAGUAUCUCCACCUGACCCCCGGAGUCCAGCUGCAGGCCGGAGGCGACGCUUUAGGUCAGCAGUAUCGUACGCCUCAUGAGGUCAUCGCUAGCAGAGGAUCUGACAUCAUCAUUGUGGGACGUGGAAUCUUGUCAGCAGCCAAUCGACACGAAGCGGCUGAGAUGUACCGGAGAGCCGGGUGGGAGGCCUAUCUGUCCCGAAUCAGAGGAGAAGAUUAAACGUUAUUUACAUAGCACCAGUAUAUUCGCAGCGCUUUAUUAUAAACAUCAGACCAACAAAGGGAAGAUUAUGUGCCGGUGAUGUUUAACCUUUAUACAGCAAGCUAUAGCCGCAUAGGCUCCAUAUUGGCAGCAGGUGGCGCUGGUCCUAGGAUCACUAGUGUUACAGUAAACAUUACAGACCAUUGAUAAAGCACUCCGCUGUUCCGCCUUUACACACGUCAUCCUGGAGACGGUCGGUCCUAUUGUCUUCCACCUGGAUUUGUUGUCUCCCACAUUCCUAAACCAUCAUUUCAGUUCUGUCGUUCCAACUACCUUCUUGUUAAUUAGAUUAAAAGAACAAAAAAAACCUGACUUUGGCGCUUUCAUCUGUUCCUGUCUCCUAGCAACAAUGCGGAAUGAUCCUCUCCAUGCUGUAUGUGUGUAGAAUAUAUUCUAGUUCCUCCACCCACCUGUAAUAACCCUCGGUCCUGUUCAGCCCUCCGCACCCAUAUAACUGGUUCUGGCUUGUUGCAGUAAAUCCUCCCAUUAUUAUUAUACACAGAGAAGCCGCCAUACACCGGAACGGAUGAGGUGUAUUUUCAGUCUGAACUCCCAGCCAUCAAUAAAUGUGUUGGCCCAGUG